UUAAACGCAAGGUGCUAUUGUCAAAUGUGUGCAAACCAUGCCAGUACGGUUUUUCACAAGACCGACUCCACAUGUUCUAAGUGAAAGUGUUUGGUUUAUUAUUUCAUACAAUACAUUGCCGUUAUUGCGGUAUGGUGAAGGAAUUUGGUGGGCAAAGUAAGACAACACGAAAUGGAAUAACGUCAAAAAACAAUGGCACCGUAUCAAACAAUAAAACUAAAACACACUACCUCAAUUUCGGGGAAGAAGACCAAAUGGAAAUUUCUGGUUACACGUCCAACCACUUGAAGAAAUGUAUCACGUGGACGGUUUAUGUCCUCACUUUUGGAAUUUUGAGACUUAUUUUUCAUUGGUAUCCACAAUGGCAGCUGUACGCCAGCCAUUCCAAGUGUCCUUUAGGUCGAGCCGAGAAAGUACUAAUCACAGACAAAUACAAGAACAAGUUCAAGACGUAUUUCGUGAAAGACGUUGAAAUUUUGACAAGCAGUAACGAAUUACGCAAAACCGAAAGUAUUAUUAGCAUAAAUGGCCUUAUUUUUAAAAACGAAACAGAAGGACAUCUCCUCGAUGUGUACCUGGAUGAUGGUACCAGAAAACGAUUGACACAAGUACGAAUCGUACGGUGCAAAAAGUUGACCUACAUCUGGGACGAGGAAAAGUACAAAUUUAUCAAACUGUCAGGUUUGGAUAAAGGUAUAGCAUGUAGGGAAUUUCACGAGCAAAAAGGGUACAAAAAAGAGGAACAAAAUCGAAGACGUAUCACUUAUGGUACCAACGAAAUCAACGUACCUGUGCAAAGCAUUGUCACACUUUUGGUCCUUGAAGCUUUGACUCCUUUCUACAUUUUCCAACUUUUUAGUCUCAUAGUUUGGUUUGCCGAGGCCUACUAUUACUACACUAUUGCAAUCGUGAUAAUGUCGGUUUUUGGCAUUUCCACCUCGAUCAUACAAACCAGAAAGAGUCAGGAAAAUCUGAAAGGAACCGUGCACACCGCUGACAAGAUCAUGGUAAGUCGAAGUGAUGGUACUUUCGAUGAAAUACCAACAACCGAGCUGGUACCGGGUGACGUAAUCGUGAUACCAUCGCAUGGUUGCGACAUGCAAUGUGAUGCCGUUCUACUCAAUGGUAACUGCAUAGUAAAUGAAAGUAUGCUCACGGGAGAGUCGGUACCAGUCACUAAAACCGCACUUCCAAAUAACGAUAAGUUAUACAAUGUUAAGGAACACGGAAACCAUACACUUUUUUGCGGUACCAAAAUCAUACAGACGAGGUACUAUGGUACCGAACCGGUACUUGCAGUAGUUAUCAGGACCGGGUAUUUGACCACAAAGGGGCAACUAGUGAGGAGUAUAAUAUACCCACCACCGGCUGAUUUCAAGUUCGAUCAAGACAGCUAUAAAUUUAUCAUGAUAUUGUCGGUUAUAGCACUGUUGGGGUUUUUUUACACGAUUUUUUCAAAGUACUCCCGAGACAUUGCACCUCUGGAUAUCCUCAUCAAAGCGCUCGAUUUGGUCACAAUAGCCAUACCUCCCGCCCUGCCAGCUGCGAUGACAGUGGGCAAACUUUACGCUUUAAAUCGUUUGAAAAAGAAGCACAUUUAUUGCAUAAAUUCGAGAGUAAUUAACGUUUCCGGUUCCGUCGAUUGUGUUUGUUUUGAUAAGACAGGGACCUUGACUGAAGAUGGAUUAGAUAUGUGGGGGGUGGUUCCGGUUGAAGACAGUAGAAUUGAAAAACCAGUCAAGGAGAUUAAGACAAUGUCGAAAAAUUCGCUACUUUUCAGGGGGAUGCUGACUUGUCAUUCGCUGACGCUGAUCGAUGGGGAACUAUGUGGGGAUCCCCUAGAUAUUAAGAUGUUCGAGUCAACUGGCUGGACCCUGGAGGAGCCUACAAUCUCCGACACCUCCAAAUACGACCUCCUGGUGCCCACCAUCCUCAAAGACCCCUCCCCCGACACCCCCCACCACGAAAUCGGCCUCAUCCACCAAUUCCAAUUCUCCUCAACCCUCCAACGCAUGAGCGUGAUUUGUCGAACCCUAGGUUCCGACCACUUCGAAUCCUUCACCAAGGGAUCCCCCGAAAUGGUCAUCUCCCUAUCUCGUCCAGAAACCGUCCCCGAGGGAAUCCUCAACCGGUUAAAAACCUACACCGAGCAGGGCUACCGCGUCAUCGGAAUGGCCACCAAAAAACUAACCAACAUCCCCUUCCACAAAAUCCCCAAACUCCAACGGGAGGAAAUCGAAUGCGACCUCCAAUUCGUCGGUUUAAUAGUCCUAGAAAAUCGGCUAAAACCCCAAACUGGGAGCGUCAUCCAAAAGCUACGAAACGCCGGAAUGAAGAUAGUUAUGGUGACGGGGGAUAACAUCCAGACGGCUGUGAGCGUGGCACGUGACUGCGGGAUCAUCCAAUCGGGGUACAGCGUCAUUGACGUCAUCACGACCAAGCCGACUAAGACGGACAUGGCAACUGUCAAGUACCAGGAAACUGAUGCCACGCCUUCCGGCGACAAAAUGUCCGACAUCGAGAAAAUGGCCGAACGGAGGUACCAUUUUGUCGUGACCGGAAACACGUGGACCGACCUUAACCGGUACUUCCCCGAACUGAUCCCGAAAAUUGUGACAAAAGGCGUCGUUUUUGCCCGAAUGUCGGGACUACAGAAGCAACAACUGGUGGAAGAAUUACAAAAUUUGGGUUAUUACGUUGCCAUGUGUGGGGACGGUGCCAAUGAUUGUGGCGCCCUCAAGGCGGCAAACGUCGGAAUUUCACUUUCGGAGGCUGAAUCAAGCGUUGCGUCACCUUUUACGUCACAAGAACCCAACAUUUCCUGUACUGUUGAAGUGAUCAAAGAAGGCAGGGCCGCUCUGGUGACUUCGUUUGGGGUUUUUAAGCUCAUGCUUUGCUACAGUCUGACCGAGUUCGCGUCUGUUAUUAUCUUGUACGCCAUUGAUACCAACCUAACUUCGCUACAAUUCCUCUUCAUUGAUAUUUGCCUAAUUUUGAAUUUCGCCUCGUUUUUUGGUAAAACACGAGCUUAUGACGAGUUACACAGAGGGCCCCCGAUGACGUCACUCUUGAGUUUCGUCCCGUUGGCAUCAAUCAUACUUUUUAUGUUGGUCACAGUGGCCGUGCAAAUCUUCGCCUACUAUUACAUCCAGACUUAUGACUGGUUCGUUCCGUUUGUUUUCGACCCGAAUGACACAACAAUGUACAGGUGUUACGAAAAUUAUGCCGUUUAUUGCGUCUCCAUGUUUCAGUACAUCAUAAUGGCGGUCGUUUUUUCCAAAGGAAAACCGUACCGUAAAGCGAUCUAUACCAACUUUAUUUUCCUGUUUGCUAUUUUUUUAAUGAUUGGCGUUUGUUCCUACAUUACUUUGGACCCCGUUGCUUGGGUUAUUGAAGCUUUGGAGUUGCAAAUGCCGCCAUUUUAUGACGGACGGGUCGCCAUUUUGGUCAUGGCGCUUGUCAAUUUUCUCAUUUGUGUCGUCAUCGAAGACGUAUUCGUUGAUGUUCUUUUGUUUCGAUUUGUGAGGCCUAAAUUUCGCAUUUUGGAAAAGUCGAGGCAAAUUUAUUUGAAAAUCGAAAAGGAACUAAGGGAGGAUCCAACAUGGCCGACCAAAUGUCACAGUGUUAGUUACGGGGAGAUCAAGGAAGGCGGGAUUGUCAAUAACGGGUUUUGCAACCACACAGAGACGACCAAGUGUUGAUUUUAUUGUAUUUUAUCAUUUUUGAAUAAAUAUUUUACAAACUA